AUUUAUAAUGGCGUCGACGUCAACUCCGAGGCGAAACUUGUGUUUUCAUGAAGAUGAUAUAGACAACGAAAUACUGAUUGACGAAAUAGAGUUGAGACUAUUGCUCUACGACAAAUCCUUAAAAGAUUAUUCUAAUAGCAAUUUGAAAGCCAAAGCAUGGGAGGAAGUUUGUAUUAAAGUAUUUUUCAAUAUUUGGGGAAACCUUUCUACACAAGAAAAAACAGAAGCAGAAAAAGUAGUACAAAAGCGGUGGAAAAACAUCAGAGCUUGUUUUUCAAGAGAACUACGAGAGCAAAAAAGUACAAAGACUGGCCAAGCAGACAAAAAACGUAAAACAUAUAGAUAUUAUGAAAACUUUUAUUUCUCCUCCCGAGUAUGGAAACGAGAGAUGGUACGGGAAACUCUAUGUCUAAUGCUGAUAAAGACGAUGAAGAUAAAUCAGAGGAAGAAGAUGAAGCAUCAGAUAUAAAUAAGCCAGAACGUAAGAAGAAGAAAGGUGAAGGAAAGAAAUCAUAUGAGGACCGACUCAUAGAUAUUCUAGAACAGAAAAAGGCUAGCGAUGUCAAACUUGUUGCAGCAUUAGAAAAAAAAUGAACCUGAUAGUAACGAUAGAGAAAAAUGUUUUGCACUCUCUCUUGUCCCUUUAUUGAAAGCUGUUCCUGAAAAAGACAAGAUAAAUGUUCAAAUUAAAAUAUUACAAAAUGUUCAAAAUCAGCAAACUCGAUGUCAAACGUCGCACUAUUCACAAUAUCUUCAGGGAAGACAAGUUUUGAGACCAAUUAUAAAUCAACCGUCAACAUCACUUAACUAUUCCGGUAGUAGCUAUCAACGAAACUACGCUCAAGUUAAUUCAAAGCAUCACAUGAUCACACGGCCCAAUAGUUCUCUGUCGUUACCGUCUUCAAGUCCUCGUCCUCAAUAGCAAUAUGACCAGCAUUCUGUAUCAUUACCACCUCCCAGCCUUCAAACCCCAUCCUACAUUAUAUUAUCAUCUCCUGAAGUAUCUCUGUCUAGUCCUCAAAAUGCAAAUGCACCAUCACCUGUGUAGUGAGAGUAUUUCAGUCACUGGUGUCAAACUUCACAUAUGAAUCCGGAGAUUCUGAAGAAAUAUACGACAUUUGUAAUGAAUAUGGCAUUAAUCAAACUAAAUAACUUUUUUUAAAUAAAAAUUGUGAUAAUUGUUUUCCUUUUACCGCCUACUUCAUUUCACUAUUAAGUAUAGAAUAAACCUCAAAAACUUA